CCGCCGCUGUAAUUAAAAUUAAAAUUGAAUCGAAUGGUUAAAUGAUGGGGCGAGUUAAGUUGCAGAUUAAGAGGAUCGAAAACAACACCAAUCGCCAGGUCACUUUCUCCAAACGCAGAAAUGGACUCAUCAAAAAGGCUUACGAGCUCUCCAUUCUCUGCGAUAUUGAUAUUGCUCUUAUUAUGUUCUCCCCUUCCGGCCGCCUCAGCCACUUCUCCGGCCGCCGCAGAAUUGAAGAUGUGCUUGCUCGUUUUAUAAAUUUGCCUGAUCACGAGAGAGGAGGCAGCGUUGUUCAUAAUAAAGAGUUUUUACUUGGAACGCUAAACAAUUUGAAGACAGAGAACGAUAUCGCACUUCAACUUGCCAAUCCUACAUCGAGCAAUUCCAAUGUCGAGGAGCUUCAACAAGAGAUUGGUACCAUGAGACAUGAGCUUCAGCUUGCGGAGCAGCAACUAAGGUUGUUCGAGCCCGACCCUCUUUCAUUCGCAUCAAAUGGUGAAAUAGAAUCUUGCGAGAAGAAUCUUUUAGACACCUUAGCACGUAUCACUCAAAGGAAGAAAGAUCUAUUAAGUAGCCAUUUAUCGCCUUAUGAUCCUCCAAAUCAUAUCCAGAUGUACUUGGAUUCACAAGAGGGAAUACCAACAUCCUUUGAAAACGACGUCGCUAAUUGGUUGCCCGAAAAUGGUCAGAGCUCGACCCAACUUUGUGGUCCAUCCGAGUCAUCUUCAAUUCCUCAAAGUGGUCAAUAUCCAACGACAGUUUACGACCAAGUAUCACAAGCAUCAAACAUGUGCAACAUGGGUGGGUGCGACAUGGGCAACCCCAAUGAGGAUGCCUACUCUUCUUGGCAUCACAGCUACACCACAUCUCAGCUUCUCUCAUCCUUCAUUCCCCAAACUUCAUUUGAUGAUAGUAUAAAGCAUGAGAUUGGAGGGGGUUGCAUGAUGUCACAACAACAAGUGGAUACAAUAUCCAAUGGGAACCAAAUGCCACCAAGCGAUGGAAGCACAAAUUAUGAUGCCACUAAGAUACCACAGCUCAACGUGGAUUGA